AUGGUGCUGAUUGGGGCGGAUGUGCAUGUCUAUAAUGAUUUGAAGCGGCUGCGAGGUGCUCGGCUUCCUGCCCUCACUAUUCUCGUAGCCCCGAAUCCGGACGCCAUCGCUGCGAGCUACAUUCUCACGUUGAUUCUCAAACGAGAGGAUGUGCCAUACGUGCUACGUCCCACCAAGGGCUAUGAGGACUUGUGCGAAAUCGCCGUGGAGGAGAUGGCCAAGGAAGAGACUCGAGCUCUGUUUCUCAUCAACUGCGGGGCGAUGGUCGACCUCGGUCGGUUGCUGGAGCUGAACGAGACCAACGUCCAGGUGUUUGUGCUCGAUUCGCACCGUCCCUACAACCUGCGCAACAUCUACCAUAAGCAGUACAGUGACGGCCGCGAUGAGCUCAUCGUCGACUUGGUGUGGCUCAUCGACGACGGCACCACGGCUGGGUCCGAUCUGCCCCGACUCGAGGACAUGCUCGACGAUCCGGCUUUCGAAGAAGAGAGCGAUGAAGAUUAUGAAGACGACGAUGAAGAAGAGCAAUACCGACGGAACGACUACGAGGACGACAGCGGGAUGUCCGAGGAGCGCGAGCGGGACCGGGAGUACAAGCGCAAGAUGAGCAACCGGAAGCGCAUCGCGAGACAGAUAUCGAAGCAGCCGCGAACCCAGGUCGAGAAGGAGUACUACGAGCAGGAGACCAAGGACGGCCUCUCCUACGGCGCUUCCGUCGCCGGCCUGCUGCUCGAGAUGAGCUCCCAGGUCUACCAGAACGGCGUCGACCUCAGGUUCUACUGGCCCGCGAUCAUCGGUCUCACGGACCAGUGGCUCCACGGACGGAUCGAUGACGCCAAGUACAAGUUCGAGGUGGAGGUCCACCAGAACGAGAUCCAAAAGUACAACGUGAGCAAGAUCCGCGAGGCGCAGGCCGUGCGGGCGCAGAGCGAGAAGAUCAACAACGAGAACUACGCCGUGGACUUCAACGUCCUCCCGCCCAACUUCCGGUACACCAACGAUUCGAGCGUGCUCGAACAGGUCACCUGCACCGACGACUUCAAGCGAGCCAUACGAACCUCCGGUCACGCCCACGUCGAAAUCUCGAGCGAGUAUCGAUUUAUGCUCUACCGCCACUGGAGCCUGUACGAUAGCAUGUGGCACUCGCAGUACAUCGCCACCCGCCUGGGCAUCUGGAAGGAGAACGGACAAAAGCGGUUGGACGUGCUGCUGGCGAGGAUGGGCGUGCCUUUGAGCCAGGCCAAGGAGAACUGGAACUGCAUGGACAACACCAUCAGGGAGCAGUUCCAAAACAACGUGCAGCAGGCGGCCGCGCAGUUUGGCCUCACCGAAACCUGCUACCCCUCCUUUGUCCUCCAAAAAGGCUUCAAGUCGAAGAUCUCCGCCGCCGAUCACGUGUACACCAUCUCAAGCCUGCUGGAGGGAGCGGACGGCUGGGCCGAGGAUGAGAAGGAGGAGAAAGAGGAGGACAAGAAGUGGGUGUCCAAUUUUUGGCGAGCCUUUGACUCGCUGUCGCUCCGACAAGACGACGCCUACGAUCUCUUGCAGCAGCGAGGUAUCGAGUUGGCGAUCAACCUUCAAAGGGCGAUUGUGAGACAAGCCGCCGACGUUGUCGAAAAGAGGUGCAUCACGCACUGCGGCCCGAUUCGCUACACUAUGCUCCAUCAGACGCCGGACCUCAACUAUUUCAUCCACCCGCUGGCGCUUCGUAAGCUCGCCCUGUUCCUCGUCGAAUACGUCAACGAGAGGAAGACGAAAGCCAAGCCUUUCCUGGUGUGCGCCAAGAACGAGAAGAAGGGCACCUACCUGAUCGUCGGCGCUGUGGGCACCGAACAAGAGUUCAACUCAUCCCAGAAAGAGAAGAACUUCGGUCGGAGCUUCAGAGAGGCGGCGUCGCGCACGGGAGCGCGCAUCGCACACUUUGGCUUUGACUCGUCCGUGGUGGAGGUGAUGGCCGACGACAUCCACAAGUUCAUCGAGUACAUCCAGUGGCGCAUGAAAGGCAAGAUCCAGCAUUAG